AUGGGAGGUACCCUAUCAGAGUUGGAUGAUGGCAGUCCUCGUGAAGUCCCACCUUCGGCCAGGCUGGUCGGAUCAAAAGUGGUGCCCGUGGGUGCCCCCGCCGCCCCAGCUAUGUCCAACACUGAGGCUGUUACCUCAAGGCUCUCAAGAAGCGCUUCCUUCACACCACAGAGCGGCAACACUCCUCAUCGUCCUAGACCUCCGUCGGUUCGACCAUCCACAGCAUCAUCAUCAUCCCGUUUUGGACGGGGUUCUAAUGUCGGUCGCGACCCAUUGGAUAGGAUGCCAUCAACCACGGAGAUGAGACAGGCCUUGAUCAGGUCGGCGUCAGCUAAGGGCUCAUUUAUGAGGAGUGAAUCACGCGUGGCUGUUGAUCGGCCAACUGUGUCCUCGGCCAGCCGGUCGUUGUCAGCGAAGGCUUUGUUGAGCAAGCCGAAUAAUACGACCAAAGCGGCGGCCCUAGAGGGGGAGAUAACUGGUUUAAGGAGGAAGAUAGGAGAGUUGAGAGAGCUCAGAAGGAGGAAUCAAGAGACCAUCGAGGUCUUGACCCAAGUCGUGAGAGAUUUAGGACGCUCCAGAGCCUUCGCGAAUUCGUUGGUUCGAAGCCAGUCCAUGAAGGGGCCUUUCAUCUAA